GUGACAGCCAGUUCACGCACAGUGAUUGGUCGAGAGUCAGGACAUACUAUGUAUUGCUCUGUUCAUACUGAGUAGAAGAAAGUCAUAUUAUAGUGUUAUAGUUUGGCUGCAGAUAUCGUCCGAUUGGCAGUACAGCUCUCUUCAGCACGCAGUUGAAGCUUUUAUCGGAGACUGCGCAAUUUGAAGAGAGAAGCUCUGCUCUUUCGAGGAGGCUUUGACAGGACUGAGGAAAGAGUGACUCCAAACAACUCCACACUUUAUCUUCAUGGCUGAGCCCAACUUCCCCCCACUGCCGGGGUUUAUUCCACUCAAGCCAUGCUUCUACCAGGACUUUGAUGAGAUCCCAGAGCAGCACCGCAGCCUGUGCAAGAAAAUGUACCACCUGUGGAUGUUGAACAGUCUUACUCUUGCGGUGAAUCUCAUUGGCUGCUUUGCAUGGAUGUUUGGCGGUGGUGGCGUGACUAACUUUGGGCUGGCUAUCAUCUGGCUAAUCAUGUUCACCCCGUGCUCCUAUGUCUGUUGGUUCAGGCCCAUCUACAAGGCCUUCAAGACUGACAGCUCUUUCAACUACAUGCAGUUCUUCUUUGUGUUCAUGGCCCAAGUGGGCAUCAGCACCAUCCAAAGCAUUGGCAUCCCUGGAUGGGGAGUAUGCGGUUGGUUGGCUACCAUCUCCUUCUUCUCCUAUAAUAUUUUGAUUGCUCUGGUCAUGUUGGUCCCAACCAUCAUGUUCACUGCAGUCGCCUCACUGUCCUUCAUUGCCCUCACCAGGAUCCAUAACUUCUACCGUGGCAGUGGGGGCAGCAUGUCCAAAGCUCAGGAGGAAUGGACCACGGGGGCCUGGAAGAACCCCCACGUCCAGGCAGCAGCGCAGCAGGCGGUGGUGGGGGCCGUUUCAGGAGGCAUGCAGGAACAGCAAUCCAGCCCACAGUACAACGACAACCAGAUGUAGAGGUGUCAAAAAAACAUGUGACAGUUAUGCCAACAUUUAAACAACAGGGUUAGGAAGAUUUGACCAUCCCCCACACUGCUUUCUGUUAUUAAGUGGAAAACAAAUGCAUAUUUUGACAUAUCCAGUUUUUACAUAAAGUAUAAAUCACAGAUGAUUUCAAGCAAUUUCAUCAUUUUGCAAAACAAAUAUCUCUGUGGGAAGCUGUGCUGCACCUUCCUGUGUUAAAGGGCAUGCUGAUUGUUUUCUGAUAGUGAGGUUGAAAUGAAAGUAGUGUUGAAUGUGUGUUACUUUAGAGGCUCCCUGAGAGCUGUGUGCUGAUGUUCUCUUUGUGUUGACGUGUUGUUUUAGCUAUUUUUACAAGAGAAAGCAAAAUGAUAUGUUUUGAUGUACGAUGACUUUGUGAUGAUAAAGAUCUUCAUGUAGUUUUAACUUAUUUACCAAAGUGAAAGAUAAAGUGUUUAAGUUACUUGUGUUUUGAUUCAAGGGCUUACCAAAGAUCCAAUGUAGCAUUGUUGAUUGACAUCAUUCUACUUUAUGUGACCUCAGCAUUGUUUGGUCACAUUACUAUAGAGCAAAUGCAUGUUUUUCACUGUUGUUUAUGUUCAAAAUAAGUGUAUCUGUAUCAAAGUAAGACUGUAUUGUAAUUCACCUAGACUUUAAUAGAAACAUAAUAUGUCAAUUUACCUUUCGGUUGACUCUCUGAUGUACUUCCUGUUGACAUGGACACUGAAAACAUCAGAUUUAAAUAACAGAAAAAUAACAUCCGUGUUAAUAUUUGUAUGCAAAUUCAGCAGUAAACCAAUGAUCUAACCUGUGUGCUGAUCAGUCUGGCUUGAACUGAAUGUAAUCUUAAAACAGCUCUUUCUUUCCUGCAAUUUGGCUGUUUGACCACUGAGAGGCGCUGAUGGUUUGAGUAUGAAAUAAAAACUUGUACAGAUUACCUUCA